GGUUCAGCAGACACGGGCCCCGUCCUAAAGCCAGCAGUUAGUCUGUGGCCAAUAUCUUAGGGGUCAAGACUGUGUUGUUGCCUUGCAAUUAUAUUUCGGUGCUGGAUGAGCAAAUCCAUCAUGAUGAACUGCAGAACGAUAUUAAUCACCGGACUCGUGGUGCUCGCAGUGACAAGUGGGAGUCACGCUCAGUCCUUCGGCGACAAACUGGACAGCUUCAAGGACCAGGUCGGAGGAUUCUUCUCGAACGCCGGCGGGGAGAUAAAGGGAUUCUUCCAGGACGUCGCCGAAAAGUCGAAAGCCUUCAAGGAUGACCUGAUGGAGAAGAUAAAGGCGAACCUCCCUGACAAGAUCAAGCAGAUGCUCAAUUCAGGGAACUACUCGGACAUAAAUGUGGAGGAGUUCCUGGCCGACACGCCGCCGCGGGCCUGGCACGCGCUCAAGCUCGAGCAACUGCCUACGAUGGGCAAGGAGAAAAUGACGGAGUUGUUGCAGAGCGGCAAGGGCAAGAUCCCGAAGCGCGUAUAUGAUCAGCUGCAGGAAAUGAACACCGCUGUCUUCACCACCCCGGCGGAUGCAUUAACCCAGCUGAGAGAGAAGCUACAGGCAUGCAAGAACGUCUUUGCUGAGAUGGCAGGAGUGAUGCCCAUGACGGAGGGCGGCGACGGGACGGCCGCUGGCCAAGGAACCUGUCAGGACAACCGCCGGAACCUGCAAAUUUUACAGAGGACUUUGGGGAAACCAAAUAUGUGGACGAAGGCUAACGUGACCUCCAUGGGAACACUGGUUCUUACUUUCCCGCCGAAAAUGAUUGAGAUGGUCAAUAACGCCACGGUCCUCACUGAGAUCGAGCGGAUCCUCCAAACGUGCACGGUAUCCCGCCCUCCCGCCGACUGUCCCCCCCAGGGGCUAGUGACCCGGAUGCAGGGGGUCCUCGCGCGCCAGAAGUACGGCCGCCCAUCGCAGUGGACGGCCGCCAACAUCACCAGCAUGGGCGGCAUCGAAAAGGUCGCGCGAAGAGUUAUUCCAGAUCUAUCGGGCGCGACUCUGACAGCCAUCAAGCCAGAUCUUAUCAAGCUGAACGUGCAGGGCCGACAGGGCUGGCUGGUGACGCAGGCGCUGGCGAGGGCCGAGAAGGUUAUGGACAUGACAGCUGCUCAGACCAAGACGUGGAUCGACGGCCUGGGGACGCUGAAGCCCUUCGUCACGAGAGGAGACGUCUCCGCCGCUGCCGCAGAGGACCCCAAUAUCAAAACCCUCCUCCUCGAUAACGCGAAGGCCAACGCCAUGGAUAUGCCCGCCCGCGUGAGUCACGGGGGUGGAUAG